AUGGACGUGUGCCUGAUUGCCAUCGGGCUCCUUGCCCUUUGGGUCGUGCCUGCCAUCGUUGGAGGCGAAGACACCAGCGGCUUCGAGCCCAAACCGCAAGAUGUCGGACAACUUAACCGGGCAGGGGGAGUUGGGCUGUUAAGGAGCCUUAAGAUGGCCUUAGAGUUUGAGUCCAAGGAGAAAUUGUUGGUGGUCCGGGGCGUGCGGCUCCUGCGUUUGGUGCGAGUCCUCCGAAUGGUGCGCCACUUCAAGAUCAUGUGGCGUUUGGUCUAUGGACUUUUGACAGCUAGCCAAACAAUCCUCUCGACGACGGCGCUGAUCCUCGUGUCACUCUUCAUCUUCGCGUGCGUGGCAGUGGAACUAAUUGCGAAAGAUGCCGACCUUCUUGCAGACAUGUCGACCCGAGACAUUGUCAUCGGACGCUUUCGAGGUUUCGUCACCUUGGACGGACUCUCCGAAGUCUGGUUCCCUUUGAUCCUGAAAAAGCCUUGGCUUUGGACGUACUUCCUUCCCAUCCUAGUGUUCAUCUCCAUCGGCCUCCUGAAUCUCGUCACUGCGGCACUGGUGGAGAAUGCCAUGGACAAUGCCGCGCACAGCAUGGAAGAGGAGCGGGCCAUGCUGAAGCGGAAGGUGCGGGGAGCACUGCCAGUCUUGAUUGGGAUCUUUCAAACCAUCGACACAGACCACAGUGGCCUAAUCACGCGGGAGGAGGUGUCUCACGUCCCCAUCGACAUUUUGCCGCCGCGGGUGCUGGAGGCCGUCUGUGUGGACAACAUGGAAGACAUUUUCGACCUCUUGGAUGUGGACGACUCCGGGUUUCUUACUCAGAUGGAAUUUGUGGAAGGCUUGUUGAACUUGUCACUCUUGGACAUGCCAAUGUGGACUUUACAGAACCUCCGGCUCUUGAAGUUGGUAAACAGCCGUGUGUCGAACAUUGAACAGUGCUGCGAGUGGUUGGUGCAGUCGCUACCCUACGGACCCUACGUCGAUAGGGACGUUGUGACGAUGUGA